AUGCGAGCGGCGGCGGGCGCGCGGCGCGGGGGGCGGGGCCUGGGGGCCGCGCAGCCAAUAGGGAGCGAGGGCGCGCGGCGGGCUCGGCCUGGCCUGGACCCGACAACUUCUGUGCACACUGAGCCUGGCUGCUGCCUUUCCCUCAUCCUUAAUUUUAUUUUCCAGGGGGAUCUGGGUCCCUUCAAUCCUGGUUUGCCCGUGGAAGUGCCUGUGUGGUUGGCCAUUAACCUGAAGCAGAGGCAGAAGUGUCGGAUCAUUCCCCCAGAAUGGAUGGAUGUUGGGAAAUUGGAGGAAAUCCGGGAUCAGGAACGCAAAGAGGACACCUUCACCCCGAUGCCCAGCCCCUACUACAUGGAGCUCACCAAGCUGCUGCUGAAUUAUGCCUCUGAUAACAUCCCCAGAGCGGACGAGAUCCGCACGCUGGUGAAGGACACGUGGGACACGCGCAUGGCCAAGCUGCGCCUGUCCGCAGACAGCUUUGUGAGGCAGCAGGAGGUUCAUGCCAAGGUGGAUAACUUAACCUUAAUGGAAAUCAACACCACCAGGACUUUCCUCACCCAGGCCUUGGAUCACAUGUACAAGCUCCGGACUAACCUGCAGCCUGGCGAGAGCUCCCACUCCCAGGAUUUCUGAGAGGGAUCUGGGAAGGAAUAAAUUCCUUCACCCUGCCAGCCCCCACCUCCCUGCACGGAGCUCCCAACCCUCAUCCCYCCUCGGGGCCGGGUGGGAAUGGCUCCAGAGCAUCCCCGGGAGCCUUGGAGCAGGCGGUGAGUGGCUGGGCGGAUCACUCGGGUUGUACUUCAGCGAGGGAACUUCUGAGGGCAGCACAGGCCACACGCUGCCUUGAAAGCCAUAAAUUUCGAGGCGGUGCUUCCAUGGAUUUUCUCAGAGCCUUGGGAAAAAAAAAAAAAAAAGGAAAAAGAAAAAAAAAAAAAAGAAGAUGUGCCGGCAAUGAGGUGUCUGCUGGGGAGAUCAGCUGGGAAGCAGAUCCAUCUGCUCUUUGGAGAAGGACAAAAGAAAAUGGUUUUCCCUCUGUAGCAGCAGGCUGUGGGGAAACACCAUAAUAUCAUCCAUCUUUAUUUUUGUAAUGCUUUGGCUUUUAAUCUGAAACUGUCUGUCAAAAAAAAAAAACAAAAAACCAACCAUAAUAAAAAAUAACUGCAGCUGAAGAGCGGCAUGGAAUUAAUCCCGGGGCUGUGCCACAGGCAGGGGUUAAACACGGCUUGGGAGAGAGAACCUGGAGCUC